GGACAUCAAUCUGAAAAUAGUCAGAAUAGCUUCCUGCGACCUCAAAACGUCGACAUCUGAUGGAAACUCGAUUUUCGAAAAUCGGGGUGAAAACAAUAACUUACCGAAUUUUUCAAAAAUCGUCGAUUUUCUUAGCGGGAAGUAAAAAAUGUUUAUAAUUUUUAUUGAAAAACUACAACAGUCGGUAACAACAGUGAGCCAACUCCACAAGAAAACUUUACUGUCUCGGGUACAUCAAACAGUGAUAGAAUUUGGUUAUGUUAAAUAUAACAAGUAAAGUUGAUUUCAACUACUAAAACUUUUUUUUUAAUAAUCUUUAAUAAAGUUAUCACAUCGAGCUUUUUGAUCAAUUAUAAAAUUUUACAUUGAUAUUAAAAUCCUUAUUAUACAUUAGUAUUUUUAAUUAAAAAAUUAUGGUAUUAUGAUGCAUAAUUACGUCCAAGUUGUACUUUUAUUUGUGGUCUCGGAAGCUGUCACGAAUUUACCAACUGAAGAAGUAAAUGGGACGAUAGCCACUUUACCAAUGGAUUCAAGAGCCAAGAUAGAGAUACAACCACAAUUUACGAUAGGAAUGGGGCGAAAAUUCAUUUUAAAACGAGACAAAGAGUCGUUAAACUUAACUUGUACUGUGGUGAAACCUAAUGGAGAAAAAAAUGAUUUGUUACAUGAUUACAUUGUUGAUUGGAAAACACCAUUUCAUGAAAAUCAUACUCUCAAAGUUGAAAGAGGACAAAGGCAAAAUGUAGCUUGGCUUUGGUUCGAAAAAUUAUCUGAAAAACAUGACGGCAAUUACACGUGCAUAGCUAUUACUUUCAAACAUUUUGUCCAACCACAUCUUUCUGUUAAUAUUCAUCUGUCUGUUAAAAAAAAACCAACGUUCUGCGGGGCGCAAUGGUUUAGAUGUUACUCUAAUAAUUGUAUUAUGGAGAGAUACCUUUGUGAUGGUAAAGACGACUGUGAAGAAGGAGAAGAUGAGAGCCAAGCGGCUGGAUGUGGAGAUGAUCCCUGUUAUGGUAAAAUACUUUGUGAAGAUCGUUGUGUACCACCGGAAUGGUGUUGUAAUCGUCGCAGCUGUAGUACAAAUUUUGGAUUACGGUCAUGGCCAACAGAAUCUCAUGAAAUAAGUUACAUACAAACAGCAUUUUACGUUGUGAUUGGUUGCGCAAUGGCGUUUAUGUUCAUAGUUACAAUAUUAGCAAUAGCUGUUUGUCGUGUACAAUUCAAACGUGCAAUGAUCACAACAAGACACACUCAACAAAAUCGUGGUAUGUAUCAUCAAACAAGACGUUCUUUGUCAGAAAAUAUACGUUAUUCUGAUAUUAAUGCUACAAAUAUGACGACAGAUGAUCUUCAACGAGAGCGAAAUAUUAUGCAUAAUAUAAAUGGCGUAAGAUCAUUCGUGGAUCGACCCAUGGGACCUCCGUCAUAUUCAGAAGUAAUAGCUUUACCAUCACGAGAAGAGCCUCCACCACUUUAUGUAUCAUGCGAGGAUCUUAACGAAAAUUUAGCUUCAAGAGUAUAUGAUCUUCGUAACAUUUGUCAAUCGACCACUCUUCCAGCAAUCAUCAAUAAUCGCAAUUCAUACCGUAGUGACACAACAGACACGCCUAGUUCAGGACAAGUUCCGCUAUGCAUGCCAGUAUCUUUAUCAUCAACAGGUACACAGAGUCAUGAUAAUUUAAAUGAUGAUAUUGCUGAAAAAAUUAAAGAUCUUGAGCCAGAGUAUGCAGACACAGACGCACUUUUAACGGAAAACAAUGAAAUGUCGAUUUCCAAAGAAACAGUAUGGAAUGCAUCUAAUCGACACGAAAAGUUUAAAACUGAAUGGCUAGUAAAAAAUUUUAGUGAUGCGAUAAGCGAUAACGUUUGGUUAAAUCACGAAAAUAAUCAAACUAAUCAGCGUUCUCCAUUGGAAGUCAAGAGCUUUUCAUUAGGAGAUGUUAGAAAUGAGGGAUUGAUUUCGAAAUCUGAUCAACGAAAAUUACAUUCUAAUUCUUUGAUUAUUUCUUCUCAUAAGCUUGAUACUUGUUCGUCAGUUUCACCUGAUUCAAGUUGCGAAAUAGCGGGUCCAAGUUCUUUACAAAUUGAAAAUGAUGUAAAUCUUAAUUCUCCUGUAAUUUUUGUUAAUGAUUCGAAUAAUAAUAAAACAACUGAAUAAUUAAGUUUGAAACUAGCAAAUACGUCUCCCUUUCCAGUUUCCGAAAACAUUAAUAUUUACUAGUUACUUUUAAUCAAAGGUCAAGGAUGCAGUUGAUCUCCAUACUUUUGAAUGCUUUAUUUAAUUUAAACACAAGACUCUACUUUUUGAAACAUUAAACUCAACAACAAUAAAAAUUUUAUAAAUAUAAUACAUGUAUAUACAAUCGCGUGCAUUAAUUCGGGCAGGUUUCCAUGUUCAUAGUUUUUUCGCCACUUGUAAAUUUGGCGGUUUCUAAACUUUAAAUUUAAAAAUUUGGAAAUUGUAAUAUUUGUAAAAUUAUCUAAAUUUAAAAAAUUCCGCCCCUAAAUUUGACGAAAUUGAAAUAUUGUAAAAAGUAAAUUCAGCUAAUAGUAAAAUAUGACAAAGAAAAAAAAAUUCAACGGUAAAAAGAGAAAUUCUAAAAUAAAGUCAUCUGGAAAAUGAGCAAUUUAAAAAGUUGACAUAAACAAAAUAACGCUAAUCGUAGAAUAGCUUAAUUAAAAAGAGAGAAUCCUGGAAAUUUAUUCAAAUUAAAAUACAAACAAUUAAAAAAUAGUAGGAUUGAAAUAAAUGAACUAUAAAACUUGGAAAAUCAUAAAUGUAGCGAAUCUAAAACCUAGCCACGUGAAUUCAGCUAAUUCUAAACUUGGAAAUUCAUAAAUUUAGCCGUGUGUAAACCUUGAGAAUUAUAAAAAUUACGGCCUGUAAACCUGAAAAUUUAUCAAAUUUCGCCGUUUCUAAACCCAGUGAUUUAAAAAAUUUGCUAUUUCUAAAUUUAUCGCUUCAUAAAAUUCAUCGAUUAUUUUUUUUUCACCGUUGAAAUAUGUUAUAAUAAACUUUUGAAAGCGAUUUAAAAUUUAAUAAAUAGUAAUUAUGAUCAUUUUAAUUUUAAAAUUACUUUUAUUUCAUUGUCAAGCAAUCAUGAUCUAUA